ACUUGUCUUUCCCCUCAGAUUUGUUUCCGGACCUUGUAAGAGUGCAGCCAAGGAGUGCAUCUUUGGCUCUUAGUACCAGCCACAAUGGCCUCUUACACUGCCUACAGUGGCUACACCAAGCCACCUAUGUCUUACCCAGGAUCUUUCUACGACGAGAAGCAAGCCCAGGCCUAUGCAGAUUACCAAGACUCUGUAUACCAGGAAAAACUAAAAACUGAGAAACGCAAACGCCGGAAUACCAUUUGUUGUGAGGUUGUGGCCCUCAUCAUCGGCUUCAUCGGAUUUAUUGGAGUGUCAGCUGUGACAGGCUUGCCUAUGUGGAAGGUAACAGCCUUCAUUCAGGAGAACAUCAUUGUGAUGGAGACCCGCUGGGAAGGUUUGUGGAUGAACUGCUUCAGACAGGCCAACAUUAGGAUGCAGUGCAAGGUGUAUGAUUCCUUGCUGUUUCUGCCUCCGGAUCUCCAGGCUGCCAGGGGUCUAAUGUGCAGCUCUGUGGCUGUGACCGCGUUUGCUCUCAUCGUUACAGCAGUGGGAAUGAAAUGUACCAAAGUGGUGGACCAUCGUGCUCGCACCAAGCAUAUUGUUCUUGUGUCUGGCGGUUGUCUCUUUCUCUUGGGCUGUGUCACUACCCUGAUCCCUGUGUCCUGGACUGGCCAUGUUAUCAUCACAGAUUUCUACAACCCCCUGCUGAUCGAUGCCCAGCGCAGGGAGCUUGGAGAAGCUCUGUAUAUCGGCUGGGUGACCUCUGGUUUGCUUUUUGCUGCUGGAGUGAUCCUGCUGUGUCGUCAUGCUCCCCGCACUCAGGAACCAGAUGAGAGGAUUAUAUACAACCCUGGGGGAAGUAUUUACCAACCAGCAUACCAACCAUACACGUACCAGCCUGAGUAUACCUACCAACCUCCUUACUCUGCCCCUCCACCACGAUCUGUGGUAUACACACCAAGUCAAUACUAGACAUUUUGGGACUUAUCUGACAAACUUGCUAAGAUUUGCCGCAAAAAUGAGACUUGAGUGAUUUAAAACCAACAGGCCAUACAUGGAAAUGGGCUGGUAUUUUCAUUAUUUUUCAAAGUAGGCAAAGUAAUGCAGAGAAUGGCAUUCAUCAUGGACUUUAUUGUGUUUUAAUGCUGACGAACUAUGCUAAAUUGUCAUAGAUUUAGUUUCUGUGUGCUUUAUUAACACUCAUAUAUUUAAUCUUUGAUAAAAACAUGUUUGUGUUAACCUCUCUGCCUUUAAAGGCUCUGCUGGUAUGUUGUCUGUAUACAAAUCAUGCACCAAGUCAUUUUUAGAUAUCACCACAUGAUUUAUCUUUAUUUUGAGAUUUCAUUGUAAAUAUAAAUUCUUUUUCAAAAUGCAACACAGCAUUUUACAAUAAUCACAGUUUCAAAUAAAGAAGUAAUGUUGACAAAUGUUGUUUUGCUU